AGUGAGUGGUUUUUCUUUGUUGCUAGUAUUGAUCGAAUUUUGCCUGUUUGUGCGCGCUGGAUUUGUUUGUCCUUUUUAAGGAAAACUCCUACCAAGCCAGUUGCCUGCCGAACAGAUGGCGUCGCGGGGUCAGGGAUACAGCCAAGCACAGAGUCACGAGUGGGACCCGAUGCGAGAUGACUUCGACUCCCACAACUACGAUCCUCAGUACCACGACGACGACUCCAGUGAACAUGUUAAUCUAAACCACUCCAGACUCUACGUGACAUCAAUACCCAAAGGGCUUAACGAGGAAGGGCUGAGGGCCGCCUUCGUCAAAUACGGGUCAUUGUUGGAGUGCUUUGUCAGCAGGGACCCUAACAAACGUUAUGCCCUUGUCACCUAUGAAUGUCCUGCGACUCAACAGAACCUGCCAAGUUUGAGAUGUGUGAUACCAGAAGAUAGGAGACAAAUCGUGCGAACAGUUGCUGAAAGCAGUCAAGAACCUCAUGACGACAGCAGCUACGCGGCCGGUGCAGGCGAUUCGAACGACCGAGAAACUUGUUCCUGCAAACCCAAGAAGCCCUGGGAUCACGCCGAAACCGCCUCCGAAAGAAGUUCCACUCCGUCCACAUGCAAAAUGUGUUCGGGUGAACGCGACGAAAGGCCCGAAGAUAAGUCUGACUACGCCAGGUAUUCUAAAAAAGACAAAAUCUUCGCAAAAGCUAUUACAGAUAUUAUAAGAAGGAAAUCGGGCACAAGCAAAGCUACCGAUCUCACCAGCAAGAAGUCUGACUAUAGCAAGUACACUGAUACUGUUAGCAAGAGAUCAGAGAAUAUUAAUAAAAAAAUAGAAUUAGUUCAUAGGAAGGUUUUAGUGAAAAAAAGCGAAAUUACAUGUGAUUUGAAAUAUAGUGACUUCUAUAGUGACAAUGAAGAUGAGGCCGACGAGACUAACAGACUUAUUCAAUCGAGAAAUUCUGAUUAUAUGGACAUUGUAGACGAAAAUUUAAAGAUAGUUGUAGCGUUAGCAGGGUAUCCCAAAUCCAAGAUGAGGUUGCGUCAGAUGGAAAGGUUUCAGAAAUGCCUCUCAGAUGUCAUUGAAAUGCAACUAAAGGCUGGUCUUCUAAAGAAAACUCCUUCUUUUCUUGACUAUUAUAUAAAUAGAGGAGCCAUAGUGUGCAUUUGCAAGGACUUGGAUACUAGGGAUUGGAUGGUCCGUAUUUCACCAGGUCUUCAAGAACGUAUGUGCAUAAAUUUAAUACUUCUUAAAGCUAAGAUGAAAAGACUUUGUUUGGCUGUUUUGAAAAUACCACAUUCUUCCUGGCCUGCCUCUGCACAGGACGCUUUCAAGCUUUUGCAGUAUUUUAAUCCGACUUUAAAGACGGAAACGUGGAAGAUAUACUCUCAAAAGACAAUAGAUGAUGUGGAAUGUACGUCGUUCUUGAUUGAUAGGGUUUCCGGUGAAAUUAUUAGAGGUCCGACAUUUAAGAAUGUAAUUGAUUAUGAUCAAAUGGAGUUUGAGUUGAUUGGUUACACUGAGAUUUAUUAUGAAUGCUUGCUGUCAGAUUUAGGGGCAGAUGUGUCAAGUGUAGCCUCGAGAGUUAAACUCUUGGGAGAAAUAAAGUCAGAAGAACCAACGCCUCGUAAUUUAUCACAAGUUAAUCUGCAGAAAUCUCCUCUGAAUGAUGAGGAAGACAGUUUGUUUAGGGUCGACAACCAAGAGAAAGAACUUAAAAAAAUCGAAAAAGAAUGUGAUGUUGACGAAAAAUUCCAACUUGAGAACACUUUGCAGAAAGAUGUAUUGAAAAAACUUAAAGAUGUGGAAUAUAUAAGCGAUAAAGAUGAAGUUAUCAUUUGGUCUGAUGAAACGAAUUAUAGCGAUCAGGUGAAUGAGAAAAGUAUAACACAGAAUUACGAAGAAGAGAUGGAGGAAGAAAGAAAGAACGUUAUCUCUACGUAUGGCGUGGCAACUUCGGAGAACACUGAGUCUGUAAUUGAAAGCAAUGAUAAUUUGACGAUUAGUAGAAACAGUAACUUAAACAUCGAUAGUAACAGAGGCAUUGCCUAUCAUAGACGUACAAACUACCUUCACGUGGAAAAUGAAUUGAAAAUUGCUAUAACACUAGAAGGCUACCCACAGAACAAGUUAGAAGGUACACACAUUCGUAGAUUGAAACACCUUUUUAAGGAGUGCCUUCACAAAGACAUGAAAAACCAACGCUUUGCCAAUUUAAUAAUACCUAAAUUUCAAGACAUUUACUUGUCUAACGGAGCUGUUAUUUACAUCUGUGACAGUAUGGAAACUAAGGAUUAUUUAUCUGAAAUUUUACCGAAAUUCAUUAAUUCUACUGGCUUGAAAUUGACAUUCAGAGAUAUUAAAAGCUUAGUGCGUUACACGAGAAUCGUCAUGCGUCUGCCAAAGGAACAUGCCCACGUUGAGUCUGUCGAAAUCUUACUGAAAUUACAAGCAAGGUACCCUGGUUUGAGACCAGAUUGCUGGAAGUACUAUUCUGAUGUUGCCGGUAAGCAGAAGAGACAGUUUGGUGUCGAUCCUGAAUCUUUGGAUGUUAUGAAGAGUCCAGGUUUCGAUCCGACCUACGAAGGCGACAAAAUAAGCUUCCGAAUCAUCGACAGGCAGAAACCAGACGUCAGCUUUGAAGAACCAAUGAUUCUUGAUAUGGAUUUGGGCUCUUCUGAUAACGUAGACGUUAAAAAGUUACGAGAAACGAUCUUUAAAAUUAUGUAUGUUCCGAUAGACCCCGAGAUUAUGAACUCUCCGCUGACUAGAAUAAGAACGAAUCAUUAUUCAGACCUGAUCGCGGACGAUUUAAAGCUCUACGUUGGGCCUUCAAAUUAUCCAGAAAGUCGAAUAGAUGAUGCGCAGUUUUAUACUAUAAAACGAUCUUUCGAGAUCAUUGUGCUCGAAGCUUUCGAAAAGCGUAAUAUGACGGAAGAAACGAUGCCUAAAUUCCACGAUAUGUACUUGUUUGAUGGAGUAAUUUUCAUCAUCUGCCUAAAUAUGUCCUCAAGAUGCUGGAUUGAAGACUCCUUGACCACCGUAAAUGCUAAACUGCACAGUCAUCUGAAAGCUACUGAAUUCCGCGGUGCGGUCGGAAUAAUAAGCAUGGUUGUGAAAACAGACAAAGAUACCGAUGAGGUUAUAUCUAUUCUGCAGAAGCAAAAUCCGCGGCUGCGCACUAAAUAUUGGAGGAAAAUCAGCACUGUACGUACGAAGACUAAACUAGAUGUGGUCUUGCAGAUAGACAAGUUGUCAGCUCAAGUUAUGACCAGUCAGAACUUUAACAAACUGGUUGGUCCCAACCCGGUUUUGUUCAAAUUGGGACAUUUGCAAUCAUUACUAAAACCGAAGGCAAGUUUAGAAGAACUGUGCAAGAUGCACGCUAAGAAACUGUCAAAGAAAUGUAGCGACGUCAAACUACCCGAAAAAUCGCGUAGUAAGGUAUCCAUGCAAGGACCUAAAGACAUGACCUUCGAAGAGUUAAAGGCGGAGCUAAAGAAAGAAUAUCCGGCGUUGAAAAUCGAGGACUGGAGUAUUAUUUCAUUGCACGAAAAAACCAACCACCAAGUGUGCGAUUUAGAAAUCGAUGAAGAAUCUGCAAAGAUAAUCGAAAAAGAAGACUUUAAACUUUCUAUGGGAGACAGCAAAUUAUUCUUUUAUACUGGUAUAACAUCUAAAACUACUCCUCGAGACCAUGUUGGUCUAGAUAAAGAACCCCAGUCUCCAAGAAAGGAUAUGCCUUUAUCCCCAAUGCAGAACGAAAAUGAUUUAAAGAAAGUUAUACUAAAGAUUCCUAUGAAUAUUUUGCCUGAUAACAAAGAUGAUUUGAACAUUAUUUUCGAUCUCCUCGAAGACAAGAAUCCCGGUUUAAAUACAGAACUAUGGCAGGUAUCCACUGAUUCAGAAUACCCGAAUAAUGGUAAGUUCAUCAUUUUGGUUGACAAGCAAUCAGUCUCGGUUAUUCUGGGAAAAAGUUUCGAUCCUACCAUUGGUGGAGAAAAACUAAAGUUUUUCUUUUAACUGACUGUUCUGUAUGACUUGCGACUUAUUGAAUAUUUCAGUUAGACCAGGUGAGAUGGAGGUCAAAUGCACACUUACAUUAGAAUUAAAAUUUCUAAUGACGAUUGUCUUAGUAUUGCUUAAAAGCGUUGUACUUUCGUCGCAAUGUGCAGGACAGCAUUCAUAAACAUCAUAAGUACUUACGUGGAUUAUUCUUGUUUUUAUAGUGUGUGUGUGUGUGCGAGAUAUUCAUUGUAUUAUGUAAAGAGCAUUUAAUGACAUCAAAGGAAAAUAAUUUAGGAAAAAUAGUAAAAGUGUUGUCUAGAUACUAAUUAUAUAAUUGUAAUAACUACAAGAUGCUUUAAGGCUUACUUACGUGUGUCAGCUGAUAGAUGAUAGGGCCCGUAGCUAUGUUAAGAUUUGGAAUUUAAAAUUGAAAUCCAUUAAGCUAUUUCGAUCAUGCAUCUUCAUAAGUGAUGAUAACCUAUAUGUACGUGCCAAUACGUCUUCUUACUUGGAAACGCACUUUAAAUGAGACCUUUCUGCCAUGAGUACAGCUGAGCGUACAGUUGAAUGUACGUUAUCUAGAUUUAAAGCAAUAUACCAGUACUUGCUUACAGAGAAACAGUGACUUUGUAAUGUAAUGGUGCAAAUAAUGAGGAAUACCCAAUUUUAUGUCGGCUAAGGUACUCGCGCGCACGAGUAUAGUCAUUCGAUAUAACUGCCAAUGUAAAUGUAUUGCAAGAGAGCGUGUAACAGUUACAGUAAUUGAAUUUGAUGCCUAAGACUACACUCAGCGACGUGUAUAAAAAAAAACCACGCCACAUGCUUUCUUGCUACAAAAUUCACACCGUCUGAACUCGUAACGUCGGGAUUUUAUGUCUAACACUUGUUUAACUUAACCAAGAAGACUCGCUCGUGAACAUGGAACUUUUUUAAUAUAUGCUCCUCGUUUGUAUUAGAUGCGCGUAAACACCUCAGAUGUAAAUGGUUUAACGUGUUAAAACUGUGAACUCAUUGCCACGCACGUUUAUGCUACGUUAUGCAUGCUGUCUCACUUUGUAAACCUAAAAAUUUGAAAAUGGUCAAUACUCACGAUUCUCACAUAUUGUGUCAUUUAAUGAUAUCGUUUAUGGGUUCGAAGCGUGCGUAAGCAAUAAACGAAAAACGGCUUCAUAGAAAACCUUCCUCAUUAUUAAGCAUCACUUUUAUCAACCAACAUAGGUAAUCAAUCGUUUACAAGUAUCCGAUUAGCACAAGGUAAAUUCUACCGCAUUUGCAUAGGUUUAGUGUUCAUUUUGCACGCAUUGGUUACCUGGUUCGGUCGCUGCUUUUAUCGUACAACACAUUGGCCCUUAAAUAUCCCCGGAAUAGACUUUUAAUUUUUAUUUCUUUACAUUAGUUUUUAGGGUAGGUAUUUUAUCAGUGUACUUUUGACUGUGUAGUUUGUUAGUCUGUUAGUAUUUAACUUAUUUAAUUUAAUUAAUUUCCGUUUAUGCGGCUAAUGUUCCUUUAGAU